AUUAAACUUAUUAUGAAAUGCAUUGAAAAAACAUUGAAUUAAUAAUUGAAUUGAUUUCUGAAGACAUUUAAUAUGUUUUUGGUGUGAAAUGUCUGAUAAUAUAUACCCGAGAGAUGUGUUUGAAGGACAAGACAUCGACUUAUAUCGCAUGAGUUCCACAAGUGAUCACAACUUAAGCCACACUCAGCGGCGAAGAGUUGAUUUCACUGUCACCCAAAAGCCCACCACUUCUUCUUCCGCUCCCGACUUUACGCCUCCCAACAGAUCCAUACCUCAAGUCUUGCCAAUGAGUGAUAUAUCGGAUCGCGAGAUGAAGAUAGCGGUCGUUGUCUUGGAUUCGGUGAAUGUUGUCACUCAUCACCUCUUAAUGCAUCCGUUUCUUGUGAUUCGACGACAAACUCAAGUGAGCCUCCGGAGCAAAGUAUACCACUUGACGCCAUUCACUGUCAUUGGAUUCGUUGUCGGCAUUCAAUCCAAACAAGGCUUUGGAGUUCUUUGGAAAGGAAUCGCAAGUGUUUUCCUCACGAAAGCCAUUCAAAUAGGCUUUGAGUCCAUAAUCACUGAAUUGACUCCAUUUGUCAGAGAUAUGAGUGACAAGAGAAUGAGUGUUGAGACGGGCUUUCAUCACCUGAUCCUCAAGGGAUUGGCGAUAGUAUUGGUGACACCAUUCCUGUGCUCGAGUUGUGCGGAAACAGUUCAGAGUGCGAUCGCCACCGAAAACCCCGGGCUUUUCGACUCGGUUUGGGAGGGCUUUCGGCGAAUCACUCACUGGAAUAUCGAUCGAAAGCUCCCGAUUUGGCUGUUAUGGGGACCAACUCUUAGCUACCAUUUAAGUCACUAUUUGAUCGCCAGUUGUGUUCAAAGGGCAGCGCUUUAUGUGAAGACCGAUAAGGAUAGCAAAAGCGAUAAUAAUAAUAAGUUAUUGAAUGAUAAAUACAAAGAAGUAAUGAGUAGUUUUUGGGCACAAUUAGCGGCGGACGUCAUGCUAUUCCCACUGCAAACCAUUUUGAUGAGGCUGUACCUUCAGGGCACCCGAACUAUCAUCGAUAACAUCGAGAAUGCGAGUGCUGUCACUCCUAUUAUAUCCAGUUAUGAGUCUUCUGGCGAUUGCUUAUCAACUAUUGUUAAAGACGAGGGAAGACUCGGUCUCUUCAAAGGCUUCGGAGCGCUUGUUCUCCAAUACUCUAUUCAUUAUUCACUUUUAAGAUUAACCAAAUAUUGUCUUAAGAAAACAGUAUCUGGUUUUCAAAACGAUUAA